AUGGAUUUUAGGAUGAGUAGUCAGCAAAUUGUUGAUAAAGAGAACCAUGGAGUCCUUGCAAACGUGGAAAAUAAGGAGCCACAAAGGGUCGUGUCGAUAUUGAAAUCUUCCCAGAGAAUAAAUUGUCCAUUGGAAAAGAAAUUGACGAAAGUAAGUAGUAUAGCUUUGAAAACUCUAGUGUAAAUUGCUUGGCUUACGUUAUCCUCAGUAGCAAAUGAACUAAAAGAUAAUUAGCGAUUUUUUCCUUGGACGACUGCCUCAAACUGAGGCUUAAUUAAUAAGUCACUCGACUGUACUUCGACCAGUUAUUUGCCUUAGGGAGGCUAGAACGUUUCAUCCACACGUUUUUACGUAAAAUAGUAACGUACGCUGCUCAUGCCAAGAUAUAACUUUUCUUAUCGCAUUCAAGGCAAGAACGAGAAUUCCUGUUGAACUUAAUCAGGGAAUCUGAAGUUCAUAUGUUUCUCGGUCUUGGCCGGCCGACAAUUGCCAGCAAUGUCCCGAACCCUGAUUUUUGUGUUGCAAGGCUUCAGUCGCAUAUUUCUAAGGAGGCGAAUCCUUGAGUAACCUAUUACACUACUCUUCCUGUCAUCAUUUCCCUGGCUGGUCGCGAUUGGCAGUUGGAAAGUUCAUUAUUUUGUCUGGAGUCAGUCAGGAGCGUUGCGUUUUAUUUCUGAACUCCCCGCCUCUUGCCCUAUGGAUGCUGUAGUGGCUGUUUGUAGAUGAGCAGAUUUCUUCCACCCCAGUUACCCUUUGGAAAAAACCUUUCCUACCCCGCUAAGUUUUUGUUGGUCCCUUUAGAAACAGAUUCCAAAUACGUUAUCUGCCAACGACACUCAACCUUAGCGGGGUAUAUUUGGAAUAAAAAUAGAACGUCCUUUUAGCCCUGGGCUCUCACUCCACAACAGAGGGGGCAAAGAAAGUCAGUGGCACUGAUUUAUGGAGAAGUUGUCCUUAUGGGAGGUAUUUAUAGAAGGGAAAUGUCGGAAAAAAUUUUAAUUUCUUCAUAUAUGAAUAUCAGACCAAAAAGGAAAUGAAAUGUUCUGAUGAAAAAUUUUAACAGAAAAAAGUUAUAAAGUUUUAGUGAAUGUGUAAAGUUCUACAUUGUGUGCUAUAAGUAUAAUUAUGUAAUGGAAGUACCUUUUAGGGGUUAUUAUUUUAUUUUAUUUUGACUCAGAUCUUAUCAUAUAUUUUUUUGUUUACAAUGUUAUUCAAACUAGUUGUUUCUUCUUUCUAGAAGAAAGUAACUGACUUCUAUGAGCAAAGUAGCCGAUGUGUUUCGUUGGCCAUCAGUGCUUAUUGAAACCCGUGGGUUUGACUGUAAUAAAUUACAUUCAUGGUUACUUUAACUUACAUUUUUAACAGGUCUCAUUCAAGAACUCUCCAGUGCAUCACACAAUAGUUCCUUACAGUACUGACUUGCCACAUGUGUGGCAGGAAAUUCGCAAACUUGACGAAGAGGAAAACUGGACAGAGAGAACACAAAUUUUAACAAAAGAAGAUCAUAAAUUAUAUCUUGAAGUGGCAAAGGUGCGAAAAAUGUAUCAGUUACAAGUGUUUGUUUUGAUUCAAUUUGAGACUCACUCAGAGAGACAAACUUAGCUUAUUGUCCCUCAUGAAAUGAAUUAUUUUAUUUUAAAUAAAUAAUUUACAAUAAAUAACAUACUUUGUAAAAGUACAAUCCUUUAAUAAGUUAUUGUAUAAUAACAGUACUUGCUACUCACCCACAACCUUUUUUCGCAUGCUGCUAAAAUAAUGCUUACGUACACAUUUUGAUAUUUUCAGGUAUAUUUGGGAGAGCUGUACUUUUAGGUUCAUCUUCUAUAAGCCGAAAGGCCAAAAGUGUUAUUUGCCCUGAAAGUCAUAAUACUGUAUAAAAAGAUAUAUAUAAAAUAUAUGAUGAAGAACCAGAUUGACAUCCUAAUUGACUAUAAGAGUGCUCAAGAAAAAAAAAUUAUAGUUGAACUAGAGCAGAAUACAAGUAGACUGAUGGAACUGGAUUAAAUCUUGAACAUUUAUUGCUACUCAGAGUUUCAUGCCUCUUGCGAGGUAAUCAUCAGGCAACUGACAAAAGUAACAGUUGCAAUCAAAGAUACAGGGAAAACAGAACAAUAAAUACUAGGUGUGGUGUAUGGUGCGUGGCACGUGUUACUGCUAAUUAAGUGUUUUUUACAACAUGUUAAAUUUGCAACAAAAACUGAUCAGGUUAGGACAGUGUUUGUUUGAAAUUUCUUUGAGUGUCUGCAACCUGAGAUAAGUUCAUUUCUAUUGUUCAGGGAAGACAUUUCUGGUGUACAACUUGUAAAAUAUUUCUCCCACAAGCACAGUGACUUAUCUCAGGUUGCAGACACUCAAAGAAAUUUCUACUAAACACUGUCGUAACCAUUAAUUUUGGCAGUUGCCUGAUGAUUGCCUCGCAAGAGGCAUGAAACUCCUGAGUAGCAAUAAAGGUUUAAGAUUAAAUCCAGUUCCAUCACUCUACUUAUAAAAUAUACAUAAAUGUCAAAGGAGUGACUCUUGUUUUUUUCUUUGGAAAGGAGUGGCUUGAGGAGCUCAUAGCUGAUUUACCCUGCUAUAGGUAAGAAAACAUAUCAUGUCAGUCUUAUCUACAACUCUGACCUCACCCCAUAUACCUAUAUUAAUAUAAUAUACACAGUUUGUAUAUUUAACUUGUUAUUGACAAUAAAUUGUAUUGGCUAAUAAUGAUAAAUGAUUUGAUAAUCACAGGCAGAAAGUUACAGAUAUGGCAACAGCUCUUGAUGACCUUCCCGAAAUAGUUCAUCCAGAAAUACCUAGCAUUGGGGAUGUGAAUGCAGAGGGUGCUGACAAUAUCAAUGACCUGGACACAGAACUCAUGGCAGACUUUUCGAAGUUGCAAAUUGAUCCUGGUGACUGUCCACGUACAUUUUCACCCAUAGGCAGUGAGCGCACAUCACCCGAACAAGGUUUGUUGAGUUAAAGGUCUGAAUUCAUACACUUUAGAUACUAUUUCAAAGCAAACUCAUCAUGGUAUUUAAGAAGAUAUGAUGUGAUUAACAAGGCUUUUCAAUAAUUAGAUUGUUUAGAAUUGAAAGCAUGAAAAAGGGUGAACUGGUCUUUGUCUGAUUAUUUUAUGCAUUAUUUGGCUAAAGCUAUACUUUUAGCCAUUGGAUACUAAAGCAAUCUUCCAUCUCUUUAAACUGAUUCUUUAAGCUUCUGUCACAUACAGCAGCAAUUCAUUCACAAGAAGACCUGCGGUUUCUCUGCCUAGUGUUACAGGGCCAUUUGGGUGGUUGCACUGUUGGAUGUUAGUAAAGGCAUGGUGACUGAGCAGUGAAAUGCGAAAUUCAAGUUUUGUUAGUCCUGGGUAACGCCUUGCCAUCACAUUGUUCUCUUAGACAAGAAACUUUGCUCCGUUGUGGUUGAGUUUGAAUCUUUAUUAAAUUUAUUUAUGAGAAAGUAUUAUAGAGCUUUCUAUCUGUUUUCUGGUUGCUCCUGUUUUUCAUGAAACAGUUCCUCUUUCAGAUAACCUUACUGACAGCAAUGAAGACAUUGACAAACUCCUUGUGCAUGAUGAAGCAACUGAAAAUGCAGUGCUAACGGAUGAUGUCCUCCAUACGGGGAAUGAAAGAACAGAUAACUUACUUAAAGAAAUAACUAGAGAAGAACACCCUUACAAGUCCGCUGAACUGUUCAAGGUAAAUCCUGCUGAUCUUCAGAAUGAGUUUCAGGAUCACAGAACUUUAGAAGAUCUUAGCAGUAGUGAAAAGACAGCAGAAGUUGAAGAUAUGUUUAAGCAGGAUGCUGAAAAUCAAAAAGAAGAGGAUGAUCAGUUUGGAGAUGAUGCAUUCAAACCAGCUAGUGAAGGUAAUAAAUACAUGUUGUAGAACCUCUGAAAGGUUUGAAUCAAGGAGUCAUUUCAUAAGUAGCAAAACUGUUAAACUGCGAUAAAAGGUGGUUUGAAACACAUCAAUGACAUUAAGAGUCUUCAUAUCCAAUAGCAUCGUGGCUUAACUGAGAGACAGCCAAUAACAUUGCAACUUUAUUGACAAAUCCAGUCAAUAACCAGAGUUUAAUGCCAUAAACUUGACGUGAUUCAACUCACUUUGACGCCGAAAUUGACUACCACACAGGUUGUCAAAAUGUCAGUCACUGUCAACAACAGUCCUAUUCAAGACUAUGUACACUUGCAAGAUCAUAUUUUACCUUCGUAUGACAUUAUACAGAGAUCAUCCUGAUUCAUGUAUAUUUUAGAUAUUUGCAUUAAUAAUCAAUGGUAAUCAUAAAGUGUCGCAUGGGUAGAGUCAUCUCAAUUGCAAGUGAUGCUUGACCUAAUGUCAAAUUCUCCUUUCAAUUCACAAGCAAUUACAAGGGAAUUUGUAAGGAGAGACUAGCAGUUAUACAGAAGGCAAUUGAAGCUUUUCCUCAGGCACCCCUUCUUAUUGUGCAAUAAAUUAAAUAUUAUUGUACUGUUUUUGCCUCUUAAUCUCUCAAGCACAGCACCAAUUUGAAUAUUUAAUCCAUCAUUAAAAAGAUAUUUAAUCCAUCAUUAAAAGAGCAAACUCACAAAAUUCAAACUGACAGCAUGCUCAGACUUAACUUUAGUGAUAAGAAAUGUGACUCCAACAAAUAACAUUGUCUCUUUAUUUGUUUAUAGCCAUGUGGGAACUAGAUUAUCUUGAACAGUGUGGUACUAACAACACAAACUUUAAAGAGGUAACUUGCAUUUUUUGACCUAGUAGAAAAUUAUUCAAGUAUGACUCAAGCUAACGCACAACUUUUCUAAAAGCAAACCUAUAGAACCUUUUUCUCCUUUGUUAAUGAACUCUCUAUGACUAUUUGAUUAAUAUUUUGACUAAUGAAGCCAUUUAAAUUUGAUUGUAUAUAGAUUAGAACUUUAUCUAUAAUUUAUAAUUAAGUGUGUAGAGGCAUUUUUAAUUAACAUUUUUCAGCUGCACUAGAUUAUGGUUAUUUUAGGGCUGUCCAUUCUAUCUUUUAUUUCAACUACUUGUGUUCUAGUAAUAGACAUUCUUUGUUAUUCCAAACACCAUUCCCUCUAUAAAUUCUUGUCCUCUUUGACUGGUAGGUUUGUUUUUCUAAGGUCUGAUUACAUGAAUGAAUGAUCUAAAAUAUGAAAGUUGACCCCUUUUUAGCCCUUUGUCCAGUUUGUAUAAAUUACGUGGAUAUAUGUGUUACAGGUCAAAAUUGUAUUCAAAGGUCAAUUUAAUAAAACUCUUACAAGUUUAAUUUACAAGUAUCUAUUGUUUUCAGACUCUACACUCAACACUUGUAGAAGUUCUAUUAAAUUGACCCCAGAAUUUAAUUUUUGAUCAGUAACAUAUGCAGGUAAACAAGACAAAAUUAAAAAAAUAUCCUCUAUCUAGAGUAUUCUUGCAUAACUUACAUGGGAAAAAACAUACAAGCUGAAGGGGCCUAUUCCAGUUUAGCAAUUUUUUGUACAGGUUACCGUUUAUUUUAAGCGAUGUUUGAUUGCAUUCAUUUUAAUUUAUGUCUGUGAGUAUCCAACAACAUAAAGAGAUGUAUAUGAUGAUUGAAAAAUAUUUUUCAGAUCCUAUUCUAACAAGUAAAUUCAGUUGUGUUAUUAUUAAUUUGAACUGUAGUUUGUUUACCUUUCAUUUAGUCUUUCUUCUUCUUACUCUGUCUUUCCAUUUAAGAUGUUAUCUGUGCAUUCCAGUGAAUGUCUUUUAUAAAGGAAUUUUUAGAUCAGCUAAAGCCAUAGAUCCAAUUUUUAUAAUUUUCUCGAUUAUCUAGUAGCCAAAGCCACAUAUCAUUCAACCAGGGACUUAGCUCUCUUCCAUUUCACUCUAGACAUUUGUUAUGAAUUAUUUACGAUCUCUGAGUUUAUCAGACAGAUUAUUCCCCUUGUCACCCCAAAUACUUUUACUGGUUCUCUUUCUAUUGGCCUGUAAAUUAUACACAUGUCACACACAACACCUGCUAAGAGUGAUCUUGAAAAAACAAUGAUAAAAAUAAUAAAAGCAUCAGAGGCUGAACCAAAAAUUUGAUGAUAUAUUUCCUUUAAAAAAUGCCCUUAUCACAAAUGAAGAAUUAUCUCAUGCCUGUUGGUGAGUAAAAAACUAAGUUACAUGCAAGCAAUUUCCAUUUGUGUUUCCUGACAUAGUAAAUGUUGAAGAUAUAAGUUCUUAUUGUGUAUGAUGGAACAGAAAUUUUCAAGUAGAAUUCCUUCAUGAUAAAUGGGUUAAAAAAUGAUCCUUCUGUUUCCUGGUUUUGAGUUUAGUAAUGUAGGGAGUAAUAAUAAUUAUUAUUAUUGUUGAAUGUUAGGCUGCAUACUUUGUCAGAAUGUUUGGCACUGAUGUGGUGGUGAAUACAGCAAAAAUUGUCUUUGUUUCGCAGUGAUGACAAAGGAUUGUGCCAUAUUUUAGUACUGUGAGAAAUUCUGGAUAUCACAAUUUAUUAAUCAAGGAAAGUGGAUAUUUCGAUUUCAAGGGUGACACAGAAUAAAGAGCUUAGCAAGAGCUAAUGAAAUCCAAAAACAAAAUUGUGGGUAACCACCUACACAUAGCUUUCAGAGAUAAUAGCAUUAUGAAGCCUCCAUUUUGUGAAAAUUAUCUUAAAUUGUGACGUAUUUUGAACCUCCUAAAGCAUUUUCGAAAGUAUUUUGAACCUUCUUAGCAUUUUCUAUAAAAAAUGAAAAAUGCAUCUCUGGCCCCUUUUUUUGUGGAUUUUGAAAGAUUAUGCUGAGAUUUUUUUCCAAACUGUCGCAGAAUAUGUAUUUUGUUUUGUUUUUUUGUUGAACCUUGUCUCAGUGUUAGCUAAUAUUCUCAUUAAUUUUAGUGAAAACAGAUAUCCAUAGUUAAUUGUUAAAAAAACUGACUUCUUAUCAUUUACUUCUUCUUCCUUAAAACCUUAGAAUUGUGUAGUUCUCUAUUUAUUACAUCUGAAGUGUAAGAGGUGUUAUUGUUUUGCUUCUAAUAUUACAGUCUGCCCUAGCCCGUCAGUCUUUGUAUGUCAAAUUUGACCCUCUUAUUAAAGGAGCAAGUCCACAAAGCCCAAGUAAGAAAUCUGUAGCAGUUUGAAUAAUUUAUAAGUAAAUAAACUUUAAGCAUAUUUAAUGUUGAGAGAUUCACUUUCACGCAUAUAUUUCACCCUUAUUUUCAGCUCAAAAUGUAAAGCCUAUUUUGCUUUUACAAAUAUGUUUCUCAUACCAUGGUAAUGAAAGUGUCCAUAACUUUUAUCUCCCAGGCCCCAGUUGUUCAAAAGGUGGAUAGCGCUAUCCAGCGGAUAAAUCUCUGUCCAGUAGAUAACGCAAUCGGUUUCCCUAAUACUUAUCCGCUGGAUAGUGAUUUAUCCGGUGGAUAGCGCUAUCCGACGUUUGAACAACCGGGGCCAGGAUAUUUUUUCAUUGACUGAAGGACAGAAGGUAAUGGGAAUUUUGAGCAAUAAAUUUAUUGGUUAUAAAUUAGUCUAAAACAUCAAAGAAACAAUUCAAAUUGUAAAAGAACAACCGAUACAGAAAAGGCAAAUUAAAAUAGAAAACAAAUAGGCUAGGCUUUUACCAGUUUAUAUGAGAGGCUGUUCUCCAAUGCGCUGGAAUAGUCUUUUUCGGUAUAUUAUGGUUGUGAUUCAGUCAAUAGAGUAACCCCUGUCUGGGAAAUUUCCAGGCACUCAAAUAGUAGGACGCGGUGGGAAGAAAAGAAAUUGAGGACAAAUGAGAGAGACUGGGGAAAGGGGCGAGGAAACCCCCGUCCCCACCUUCUUCAUUUUUUCUUUGUGCCUCCUUUUACUUCACACCACUCACUACUAUCUGAACCUGGAACAGACUUGGGAAAUGAGCAUCCCCGUUCCUCUUGGGAGAAACACUAGAUCCAAGUAAGCUACUUACAGAUCUUAUCCUAAUACAGUACUCUUAUUUUUUUUUUCUGUGACAGUGAAAAACAAAGUAGGUGUGAGAGAUGUUUUACCACCAAAGCCUCCAAGGUGAGAUUAGCUUGUUUUGAAUAUAUUCGUUUCCUUUUUUAUUGUCAAUACCAUCUUAAGCCGGGGGAAAGAAGCUUUUUUGCACAGACUCGGUGACGAAUUACUCCUUAAUUCUGGCGCGAAAUAUCAGCGUUGAUUUAUAGUUUCACGUGUAAAAAUACAAAAUUACCAUGGCAACUUUCAGUAAGUCUCAGUGCCAAGUAGGCGGCGAAGUUUAAAACUGUUGUGAAUGAAGAUUGCACAUCAAGAAGGAUUCUAACGGCUCGGGAAAUUGUUAGGAUUUGGACAAAAUGCGCGUGAAAUUAUACCCUAAUUUCACUCGUCACCAUUUGAUUACACAUACUAAUUUGAAUUAUUUGUUGUAGAGCUGUGCUCCAUAACAUUCCUGUAUACGAGGGCCUAAAAUAGGGUUUCCAAAUCCCGUUUCCCGCCACUAUUUUUUCUUUCAUCCCGCCAUCCCGCUUGCUUGCUCGUUUUUCCAUCUAAGGGAUGUCGAAGAGGCCGACAGAGUUACCGUUCGGGAAGCGGAUACCAUGUUCCUCGAUGAAUUGAUACGAUGUGCCCAACACCGAAUCGUGAAUUAUCCUAGUGCAUUGUCCUCGUCCAUCUCGGUUCCCGCCUUGCUAAAAAUAAUAAAGAUUUCCCGCAAACUCCUGACCAUCGCGCAUCCCGCCAACCCUAUGUUAGGCCCUCGUAUACCGCCAUCAGAAAGGUUAUGGUUAUUGCGCGGUUGCUGCUCUUUGCAUCUUUUUUAUUGUCAUAUCUGCUUACCUUACUUAGCAUGGGCGACAAUUUGCUGUUGAUGGAUUCGCCAGUACCCAACCUAAAGUCUUCUGGGGCAGUUAGUCGGCGAGCCUACACUGAUCCUUCUACAGCACAAAAUGCUGAAAGUCCGUGUGGAGUUGACAAGUUGUUAAAUUUCUCUCCUUCAAAGCUGAGUGAGGUAACGUCACAAAAUUUGUCACAAAAAUAAAGCUUUAUUUUUCUCUUCCCCUGGCCUCGUACCUUGCGAGCAGAGGUUUGUUUCUGGCAUGGCUUUUAGCAUUUACGAAGUCGUUCGCGUGGCUUGCAAAGCCAUACCGGAAAGAAAGCUCUGCUCGCAGGGUACUGGCCUCGCGCUCUUUGCGCGAAAAGUACAGCUUUAUUUUCCACUCUCCUCUCGCGCUUCGCGCGAAAUGCCCUGUUCGUCUUGCGUAGUUCAUAAAGUGCGUGUAAUGCAGGUUAGGUCAAGGACUCCUGAACUAACAGCAAGACAGUUAAGCAGUGACUUACUAAAACGCCAUGUAAUGGACAGUAUUAGACGCAAACUUGAUUCUUAAUGUCCCAUAAAAAAACGUGGUUACUCACAAUGUUCCCCUUAAUACCAUACUAAGAUCCAUUUCUCCCAGCGACAUAAUCAAAGAAGCCUUGCAAGAUACGUUCUUAUUGUGCGGUCAAACGUUUCACAAUGAGGAAAUAUCUUUCAAGUUGUGACGAAAGCUUUUUGAGGUAUCCAACACGUUCUAAGCGCCAAUUUCACUUCCGAGUUUCUGGUCGCUUUUGAAAAUUAAAAAACUUAAGAGGUAGGACUGAUUUAUAAGUUUUUUACCUUUUUUAUUCUUUACUGGUGAUUAAAAUGUUCCGUUUCCUAAGAAAUGAACCGUGCAGCGAAAACGUUCAAAACUUUAAAAGCGUUUUCGCGUUCUUUUCAACUUCAGUUUUAUCGCCAUUAUUAAAACUAUCAAUUUGUCUGAAAUGAAGUCAAACUCCCCUGGAACUGAUUUCGGAAAGAGAAAAAAAAUAGGUCGUUAUCUUGCAGUGACGGCAGAAAAAAAGUGAACCAAAAACUGUGAGGCAUGUGCAAGAUCAUUGUAAGUUGCCUUCUGCCUUCUUUCUCUCGACCUCUCCACCAUCUUUUUCUCGAUUGACCUCUAUAAAUUGACGAAACACGUACGAAACACAAACCGAAAAAUCAUUGCCAUCUUAUAAAACUCCAUAUUUCUAAAAACUUUCCGUGAUACUGGAAGAAAGCACUCGUUUCCUCAUGUUUCUUGUAAUUUUCCUUGUAACACAUGAAAUUUCGUGUUAUCGAAAAAAUUCCUAUAAAAUGCGGCUUUCAUUUUCUAUAAAAAGAUACAAUAGCGUCUUGGCUUGAUAUGGUUUCCGUACUAUAUUUAUUUCAUUUGUGAUAUUGGUGCGUGACAAGGCCUUUCAAACACUUUUUUCAAUUUCUAUUAAAAAGGCGUUUUCGUUUUGGAACCCGUAUUUAUAAACUUAAAAACACGAUUUGGAAGUUUAACUCUAUUACCCUUGGGGAACAGAGGUUUUUCUCUUGCAUGGCUUUUACGUUUAAGAAGUCGUUCGCGUCGCUUGUCAGUCGCGUGGUUGGUCUGUUUUCCAGUGCCCGGUUCCUGAAUGGCCGAUUAGCGCUAAUCCAGGAUUGAAAUUUUAUUCCGUUUUUGUAUUUUACUGCUUUUUGAUAGAGUUUGAUGGAGUAACAGUUUGUGUUAUCAUUUCCUUAUCUCGGAGUAAAGGCUCAACAAUAUUUUGUGAGCUCGGGUUAAAAAACUGUUUUCAUCCCGGGUUAAAGUUAACCAUCUUUCGACUAACAGGUCUAUAACAAGCGACGCGAACGACUUCGUAAAAGCUAAAAGCCAUGUUAAAAAGAAACCUCUGCUCGCAAGGUAAUAGACUUAACGUGACAAAACCUUUGCGAUAUAGUUUAUUACUUAAGAAAUGCCAGAAAAGAAUUUACAUGGACGUGAAAGAUUAAGUUCUGUAAAAAAAUGGAAUGGCUUCAAGUUUGCGGUCUUUUUAGUUAAUUUUCCUCAUUUCUGAGAACAUAAGGUUUUUUCUAGCCAAUGACGAAAUUAAACUGUAAGGUAAUAAGUUUUCUUACGUUUUUCUUACCUUGUUAACAUUCUCCUUGGUUACGAAGGAACUUGCAGCCAUAAUGAUAAAAUAUUCAAUGGCAUGACUUUUUAUUUUUACCCACUCAAUGCCCGCAGGUUUAAAAUGUUAAUGUAUUUAAAUUUUUGUUUCUCUUGGCUCAUUCCUGCCAAAAGGCGGAAACUUACGCCUUUUAAAACAACCCUCCGCUCAGCGAAGAUGAAAACAUUUCGCUUCUAAAUCUAUUUUCAGGUUAUGAGAACAGAACCCGAACGAAGGGAAGAACGAAUUGUGGAAGAACCGUAUGUUGUAGAUAACCGCUCUACACCUGAGGCGAGCAACAUUGAGGUCAAAGAAGAAGAACCAAGGCGCGAAAAGGUAAAACAACAAAUUAAAAUUUCUUUGCUUUUUACAUGUAUAGUCAGUAAAGAAAUUCCUUUUCAUUGAUACUUUGUAUACUUUGUGUACUUUGUGUCUACCGACACUUUAAUCGAUAGAAACCUUUUAGAAACGAACGAAGGCGAUUUCCAUUUGAAUAAGUUCACGUUUAGUCAGUGGGGAUCUGUUUCGUUUAUAAAUCUCAUGUGCUGUAUGCAUGUCAAUUAAAGAAACUGUAUAUUUUCGCUUGGAUGAGCUAGGACAAGUACCGUUCGCCGUUCGUAUACAAAACUUGUUUGCGGUGACAAUCGAAAGCAGUGAAAACCAACGAGCCGGUGUAAACAUCCUCGCCGUUUUUGUGGAAAUCUGCUGAGAUUCUUCGACUCAAUAAUUUUGCUUUUAAACACCAAAAUUACGUACGAUCCGCAGGCCUCGAAGUAUCGAUAUUCAGGAAACGAAAUUUUAUUCCUUUGCUGAGCGAAUAUAUUUGUUAGACAGUGCAUCAGUCAAUUCAUGUCAGUUUUAAUUCCGGGUUAUAUCAACGGCUUGAUUAGAAUUAAUUAUUUUAUUUUGACUUAUUCUGUGUUUCGUGUUUGCUGUUUCUGUUCAUUCUUGUAGCAAGAAUCCUUAGGUAUGAAUCUAAUAGUCAGAUAUGUAAAGAGAUAAUUUAAAUCAUGCAUUUAUAACCUAGAGUUUCCGGAUUUUCUUGAUUCCAAAGCACAGCUUUUUACGUUUUCUACCAAAUUGUUUUCCUUUCUUUUUACCGUAUAACACUAUUUACACGAAAAGUGGCGUCGAAAUCGUAACGUUUUACUGUCCUCUUUGUAUUGGAAGAAAGUACAAAUAAGACCAAAUAUAAGUCUACGCAUCGUGACUUGUCUUUCCGGGCAUGUUAUUUAUAUUGAAGACUUUCAUUCGGUUUCUUAUUUGAAAAAAAAUACAUAUUCCAGAUAUAUAUUUCAUGUAAUUUUCUGUUGUGAAAAGAUUGUCUUUUCGGAAUGUGAAUCUUAAGAUGAAAUUACAAGAUGAAAAGGGCGUAAACUGGCAAAAAAUACCAAAAUGUUUUUGAGAGAAGGUGUUACAUCCAUUGGAUGUAUUCCACUGUUUUUUUUUUUCCCCUCUUCUUUAGCUGUCACUUUUAACAGGUUUCUUGCGGAUUCUGCCAUUAUCAAUUUUGUUGUCAUAUAAUAUUAAUGAUCUUUGAAGUAUGUGACUGGUGUUUUGCGUUUUCUUUCGAGCAAACUUGAGAUUAGAUCGUUGACCUUAUAAGGAUGCCAAGCAGACCAAAAAGUAGGCUUCCGACUGGUUUGUUUGUCAAGAAACCUGUAACAGCACUCGACAAACGUAGUAACGUUCCCGCCAAAAGUGUUAUGGCGGGUGGCAAGCGACUUUUAAGUGGCUUUAGUGUGAGACAUUCAAUGAAGAUGACGAUGUUUUGUCGAGAACAACACUGCGACUCAACCUCACAAUUUGUAAAAAGUAUAUGAGUUGAUCUGUUUUUCUGGCAUCGAGUUUACUUCCAUAUUAAGUUUAGUUCCGGUAAAAUGAGGGCGCCGUCUUUGCAGUUUGUGAAACGAUUUCAUCUUUUCCUUGAUGUGAUGAGAUCACUGUGAUUGAGAUCAAAGAACAAAGAUCAUGGUUUUGUGGUCUUUUUUCAAGAAUGUUAUUUGUCUGGGACAAUCGAUAAAUGAGUGUACCAUGAAAAAGGAGGUUAGCCUUGCUUAAAUUUUUAUUGUGUUACUGUGAACGUUUUUCAUCCGUAAAAAACAUCGUUUAGUUUGUUAAGGUAUCGUAGAGGGUUUACAUAAUGUUUUAAGGACUGUUUAAGUUUAAUGCGAGACCAUGGUAAGCGGACGGUGUACAGGGGGCUGCAGUAAUGUUACGUUUUUUUUUUUUGGUACUCCACGAUGCUUCUUGUAAGUUAAUUCAAAUUUCGGUUGUGUUUUUAUUUGACUAUUCACCGUGGUGUUGGAAUCAAAUCCGGAAUAAUUGUGCGAUUCGUGUUUACUGAACUUGACCGCAAAAUUAUUAGCUGUGCCGCUUUUCAUAAUAACGGUGAAUGAUGAUUGUGCACGUUGGGUUUAAGUGUCACCAUUUAGAUGAAAACUCCAUAUCAUUAAUUGUCUCCACUGGUGCUGUUUGUUAUCAUAAUCCUGUACAAGGUGUUUCUAACUUUUGACCCUGUGAGUAAAAUUCGUUUAAAACGUUGCAAUUCCAUUGAAAGAUAUUGAGAAGCAUUUACCUGUAGUACAGCAACUGUUUGUUAUGCUGUUGGUCCUGACAUACGAAUUUGACGGUUUAUACCCACAAUUUGACCAUUUUAAUGAAAGCUGUACUUGUCCAGCAAUAGUCUACCUCCCACGCAGACGUUCCUACUACGGCUUGCGUUCCAUCCCCGUUCCUUUCUUCACAUGGAAGGAAAGCGUGACUAAUCCCUAAGAACGUCUGCGUGGGAGGCUAGCAACAGUCGUAGCUAGUCGUACAAAAGGUGAUAACGCUAUUAGUAUAGGUAAUAGCAUGAUUUGUAGUAAUAUUUGGCAUAACUAUCACGAGUGAUAUUUCGAAAUUGUCAUACUUAAUUUCACAAGCCGUUAGGCGUGUGAAAUUGGAGACAAUUUUUAAAUAUCUCGAGUGGUAUUUAUGCCAAAUAUCACGUAUAAAUCAUGCUAUUAUUUGUUUAUACUACUACCCGCAAAAGGUUUGUAAUUUUCACAUGUAGGUAUUUCAAAUUAAGCUGAAAUACCACUUCUCUAAGCCAAUCAAAUUGCAGUAAUUUUUCACGUAGUAGUAUAAACUGGAUAAAUCGCUGUCCAGCACGUGGAAAAUAUAAUUGGUUUCUGUAACACAUAUCCACGGGAUAGCGAUUUAUCCCGGCAGUUAAAGAUACAGCUCAAAGUGUCACCAGUCAAAUCCUGCUGAUUUUACGUGGUCAUCCGGGCCACGCGAAGAUCUAGCUCAGUGCUUGGGGGGCAAAGUGAGUACCUUCAUUUCUCAGUUGAGUAUUGGUCCGGCACCGGGAAUCGAGCCCGCGACCUUCGACUCUGCGGUCAAGCGCUCUAUAGUCUGCUACACAGCCGUUUUUAGUGUCGUCACGCAAAACGGCUGUGUAGCAGACUAAGCGCUCUAUCGACUGAUCUAAUCCUGCCGCGAUCAUUUUCAUCAAAUGUUUGGCUUUUCUGGACUUCUUGUCUCUUCUUUGUUCGCUUGAAUUAACUUUUUUCGUGUUUCCCUUUUUAGGCGCUGUUUUAUACCAAAGAAGACUUUGAUGAAGCAGUCCGAAGAGAAACAGAGGCCCAACGUAAACAGGCAAGAAAUAGUUGUAACUUACGGAUUUGAUAACGAAUAUUAACUCCGUCUGCUAUUUUACUCCACGGACCCUUUGACCACAAGAGAAGUCUUCAUAAUAUUAGAAAUAGAGUGUAGCACGUGAGGGUACGCACGCGUCGCUCGCGUUCUAAUGUGUCAGCUUGCGUUUUUUUAGCACGGUAAAAUAAAAGGUGCAGUCAAUUUAAAGCAUGGCUCGACGGUCACGUUCAGGGAAACAAAAGAACUCAACAAAAGAGUCAACAUUUGCUUUCAAUAAAGGCAAUAACUUUACUUAGUUUCCUGUACCGCUUUUCCUCACCAGGCGUUGUUUUGCAGCAAAGAAGAAUUUGAUGAAGCAGUCAAAAAAGAGACAAGUGCUCUGCGACAGCAGGUGAAAUUCGUAAUCUUGUAACUGCAAAGCUUCUAAAAGGGUUCUUGCACCUCUGGACUCGAGAUUUUGGACCUCAAAGCAGCCCGUGUUUUUUUGCCUAGGUUAAGAAAGCCCGCGUGAGCGGUCAAAGGUCUCUGGUCUAGAGUGAGUGUAUUAACGGAGAGAGAGAAAAAAGGUCGGUUUUUCUUCUCUCACCACACGAGCUUCGCGCCUAACGAAACCGAUUUUGAGAAAAAAAUUCUGACUGUUUUGCAAUGUAUUAAGACGUUGGAUCUGUUCAGAAUUUCUUUAUGUUGUCUCAAUGAGGCGUUUUCUACCUCAAUAGCUGAUCAUAGUAUCUUUGUUGUAAAUAGUCACUUCGGGGAUUUAUACUUAAGCUAGGUUCAGCGUGCUGCUCGUUAUCUUUUUUUCGUAACGUUUUUUGUUGGUUCCCAGAUGGAAGAAGAAUCCGCCAUUCGUGAUAUGGAAAGUAGAGAAUUAACAGAAAGGAAUGAUCAACUUAAAAGAGAAAGCGGAGAAAUGAGGUAAAAUGGAGAAGCCUUUGCUUUUCGAACAAUCAAGUCUGCAUUAAGUUGUUACAGUCAUUAAAUUGCUGAGCACUGCACGCGCGCGCCUGCACGGUCGCCUUUCAAUUCACGCGGAGACUUGACGGAAGGCAGGCGUUCGUGUUUAUUUCCCACGCUCUGCCAUAUCAGCCAAAUAUUACGGACAAAGCGUUGUGAAAGUUGUUGCUGACUUGGAAUACAUGAUAUCAGUUAUGUUUGUGACUGGGGAUGAAGAUUGAUGUGAAAGUGCGUGAGUGUGAUCCAACGACGCGGACGGCAACGAGAACGUCAAAAAAACCAGUUGGUUUAAUAAGCAAAACAACAACUUCGCACGUGCAUCACGUUUUUUUGUACAUUUCUUUCCUGUUUUUCCACAACUACGACGUGAAAAUGCCUAAUUUUGCGGUUAAAGGAGGACCUAAACAAGCAACGACGAAAGUUUAUUUCUCUGUUUGAGCUUGGCUAUGGUUCCUUGAAAUUCAGCUUCAGGAGGGUUCGCCUACAUUUGACAAAGUAAGUGGGUAGGAAUAAUCGCUAUAAAGACUGAAAGAACGCAAAUUCACUUUUUAAGCGACGUUCUUGUUGCCGUACGCGUUGUUGGAUCUUAAAGUCCCUAAUAGUGCACAGUGCACUGUUACCCUCUGACGUCAUAGAUUUUGCAAUGUUGCCCGCUCAGAGAUUUUGGCGGGAAACAGUUUCAUUGUUAGAUGUCAUGUGACCUCGAAGUAACCAAUGAGAGCGCGCGUGUUGGAAAAACAUUAAUUCCCUGCUACAUAAGAAUUCGUGAUGUUUCUUAUGUACUAAGUUGCUCAUUAACACUCUUUGAUUGCCCUCAGGGUUGUUAUGCAGGAGUAUGAGAAGACCAUUGCAGACAUGAUAGGUAACUGUGAUGCCCUUCCUUAAAUAUGUUCCUAGUAUUAGGGUCUGGAAAGAGGGGUCCUGAUCCCGCAUUUCCGUACUUCUUUCAACGAUAUCCCGAACAUCGUUUUCUUUCCCAAUCUCGUAUCCGUACCCAAAUUUUCCCGCUUCCCCAGGCCAGAAGGUUUUCCGAAUCUCGCGCUGUAUUCUGGUCAAAUCCCGGAUCCCUGGAAUAACCGUCGAGACCCUAUAGUAUUUGUGUAUAUUGUCUGAGUUUUCUAAUGUGUUAUGCUUCACACUUCUCACAGAAAAAAAUCAGAAGUCCCAAGAUCAUUACCACCAGUCAACAUCCGAAGUAGCGAAAGAAAGAGAUCAGGUAAAAGAAAGCUUUUUGUUGGUCACACGUUCUUAUUAAUGUAAAAUUGUAGGAAUAUCACCGCAAGGAAAAACUUGCCUUUUCUAACUUUAAUAAGCCUCCCCCUCCCUGCUCUCCACAUUUAUUUGACCGAAAUAACAAUAAUCACCCCCCGCUCUCCUCCCCGGGGGCUUUUUCGAGUAAUUAGGGAGUUUAAGCAACGACAUUUUUGAGCGACGCACGUUGACCGGAAGUGGACUUGUUAUAUUCUUGGACUUUGGUUGUGAUUACAUUUUCGGGCAAAUCGUUUCAAUGAGAGUAAAGACAGUUAGCAAAUCAAAUUUGGUAGCGUCCAGGCAUAGUAAAAGGGGAAAGGACUCACUUCCGGUUAGCGUACAAUAGUGUAUCUCACUGUUAUGAAAAACUAACGUCACGCAGUGUUUCCCCUGAGGAGGGUUGCGUGACGCACAUCCCAGAAAAGGGGAAAGGACUCACUUCCGGUGACGUGCAAUAGUGCAUCUCACUGUUAUGAAAAACUAACGUCACGCAGUGUUUCCCCUGAGGAGGGUUGCGUGACGCACAUCCCAGAAAAGGGGAAAGCACUCACUUCCGGUUGACGUGCAAUAGUGCAUCUCACUGUUAUGAAAAACUAACGUCACGCAGUGUUCCUCCUGGGAGGGUUGCGUGACGCACAUCCCAGAUUGCUUUUUGGCCGGAGAAAGUGUAGUCCCUCACAGAACAAUAGGGAGCAUUCCAUUUGAAUGUUUUUUUUUGAAAUUCCUUUUCUUUGUAGCUGCAAGCUGACUUGACGGCGGUGGAAACAGCGUUUUCUGAUCUUCAUAGAAGAUACGAGAAACUCAAAGGAGUAGUGGAGAAUUUUAAAAAGGUAAGAAAGUUGUUGGUAUGUUAAUACUGUAUGAAAUGAUUUAGCUUUCUGAUGGGCUAAGGAAUCUCGCACCCCUCUCUUUCAACCUGUUUGGAGUAAGACUUCAAACUAUAGUCGAACGCCCACUAAUGGCCACUUGGUUUAAGCCUGUGAACAGGUUCUCUUGUGAAGAGAAGGGCGAAAAGGCGAGAAGGGGAAAACAGAGCGGGAGGAGCACAACAUUCAUUAUCGCCCUUCCUCCAACUUUUUCUGCUCGAUUUUUUCGCCUUACCGCGACCAAAAGGGCUGUUCACAGGCUACUCUACCUCGGCCACUUACCUCUCUACCCCGGGUGGCUGUUGUGGUGAGAUUCUACUGUUGUUCAGACUUGUGCCGUCGCAUUUUCCCGCGCUUGGCAAGUGGUUCAUGCAUCUGCCUCUGAUUUGGUUUUGUGCUCAUUUUGAUUGGUCAGAGUAAAUGCGUUAGUUUAGGUUUUACCACACAUUAUCUUAUUAAUAGCAACCGCGUUAUGUAAGAAAACAAGCGAGGAGAGGACUCAAGAGGUUUCUCUAAAAUGCCGAUUAAAGCGAAGGACUGCUGUUCACAAAAUUUGCAGAAUUUCAUGAAAGUGUGUUGUUUUUUUUUUUUCACCAAACACCUACGUCUCUCGAUUGUUGAUUGAAAGGAAAUGCCUGAGUAAUUAAUAUAAAUUGCACAGUUUUUCUUCAUACUCGUCUUCUCUUCUCUUUUAUAUUUUUCUUCCCAUUUACCAUUCUCCUGAAGGGGCUCUUUUACCAUGUGCUUUUUUCAUCACGUUUCCAGAACGAAGAAAUAUUGAAAAAAGCAACGACUGACUACCAAGAAAAAUUGAAGAAAUCAGAGGAGAAGUAUCGUCUUUUAAAGAAACACGCUGAAGAAAAAAUAGAAAGGUUUGUCUUCGUUAUAUGCACCUUGACAUACGGUAAACAAAUAUUGUGUAGCGUCUUGUUUUCAUGGCUGUUACUAGCCUGCACUACAGGUGUAUUUUGGGCGGGCGAAAGCUGCUUGUUUGUGUUCGUAUUGUUGUAAGCGCCAUCUUUGAUUUUAUAACGGAGGAUGGGUAUGGAGAGUAAAAAUAGUAACCCUUAGACUCUAACCCUUAGGGUAGUCUCUCCUCCACAGAGGCCACUUUGUGUUGUAGGGAGGCUGGGGAGAACGAAAAAGGAAGCACGCAAGGCAUGAUGGGAAAGGGAAGAGUCCCGCGCGCCUUCUAUUUUUCGAUGAUUGCUAUUUUUACUGUGAUACCCAGCGGGAGCCUCUGCGGAGGAGAGAGCUUAGGGUAGGUGCUAGACCGAAAGAAGGAAAGACUCGCCUCAUUUCCACCUCUCUUUUGGAGUUUCAACAUGGCGCUUUCGUGAGCAAAACAUUUGCGCGCCCGAAGAAAACGCCUGCACUGCAGGCAAGGCUGUUACGACCUUUUUCAUCUUGUCCGGAAGCCAUCUUUUAUCGAUCGCUCAAAAAAGAAAGGAGACGCAAAAAAUGUCCAGGAUUUCAGGAAUUGUUUUAGGCUGUCCUCUUCAUAUGAUAGUCUAAGAUUCAUUGCAAUUCGUUAGCCUGUGCAGAAAUUGCCUGCUAUUGAGGCUGGAAUUGACUGAAGUACUUUAUUAAACUACAAGUGUGGCUAAGCUUAAGAUGGUACUUUCGUAGUAAUUGAAAAGAAAACGCAGGAGGAGAAAUUGAGCAAAGAAGAUGGGAGGAAACUUGCUUCUUACUCUGCGAACUCCCUUGAUCUCCAUUUGUGACACGAUACACGCAGCAUUUUUCUUUCGUACCGAUUCACCUGCUCCUUAGUCUCUAUCUUUUUCUACACUUCUUCUAGAUAAAAUCCAACGUUUCGUCGUAGGUUUGACGGUUAUUAUUAUUACUAAUUGAUUGUUUGUUUCAUUCAAUUUGUUGUAGUGCAAAUAUCGAAAUUACUCGUGUACGGAAAUCUAACGAGUCAGAAAUAGCAGUGAUGAAAGCAGCGCUCAAGAAAGAACAAACCAAAACCGCCAGUUUAGAAAAGAGUCUCCAGCAAAAGGUGAGUGGGUUUUGAUGGCUUUUGUGGAGCCAGAGUAUCAGGGGUUAAAGGAGAAGAGAAAAAAAGAAAGGGGAGACAGCAAAAAAAAGAAAAUUUCUUUCCUUGUUCCUCCCAACCCCACUCUGAUACUGAUACUCAGAAUUAUUUCAUAUACUUCACACUGAUACUCAGGUUACCUUCUUUAUGGACUCUCCCUCUGGGAACUAAGUUACAAAAUCGUGUAUGGACUAUGAAAGAGGCGUUUCGAAAGGGAAGGGGAAAGAAAUUUGGGCGCGCGACACCACGCGCGAGCGAGAAUGGAGAAGGAAAACCUUUCCUCUUUCCUCGCGCGCCCUUCGUGCUCUUCACAUGACCGAAAUCCCCUUUCCUUUCCCUUUCGAACGCCUGCCAGGGUUAAGGUGACUAGACAUGCAUGCCCUACCCUGUGUGGUGACAGAAUUAGGCUGUUAUGUUUUGGUUUCUCAACUCUAUCUCAUCUGAGCAAUUUCAGGUUCUUGUGACGACGAUGGUUACGUUGUUUCCAAUCAGCUCUUUGACGUUUGUGUUUUUGUUACAGGUAUCCGAAAAUGCCGAACUUACAGCGAUAUGUGACGAACUUAUCAACAAAAUGGGUGGCCAUCGAUAGUCCGUGGUACUGCCAUUGACUGGUCUAUGGUCUUCGUCUCCCGACGAGUUGUUAAAAUGUAUUAUAGUGAAGUUACUUUUCAAGGGAUAUGCUGAACAGAUACAUUACACCUAAACUAGCGUCCAGUCCUCCAGGGGCUUUUCAAAUUUGGACGAUGGAACACCGGCAAGCUUGCAGCAGAGUUUUCUGGACCUUUUUGCCUGCCAACAAGUUAGACUAUUUAUUAUCAGGCAAACCUUGAAAAUUUAGGACCUGAAGCCGUUAUGUGUUAGCCACCUCCGCCAAUAUCUACACGACAAUAAUUGGCGUUUUCAUUACUCUGUGAGACACUGUGGGACAUGGUCUGAACGCAAAAUUUGUCUGAGGUCACCUAUAAAACUACGGUAAUUUAACUAACUAAAGCUUAUACUGAGAGUUUUUCUGAGUGCAAACUCUAUGUUUGCAUAUAAAUCAUAAAGGUAGCUUGCGUGUUAGAAAAACAGAAGUAAUCACCCGGACCUUGGAAGUCAGUAAUCAGCGUACGUUGCUGUUUUAUUCAGUACUAACAUUGUAAAAUCCUAAGAAAUGCAUGAAAGCCGCUAUGCAAAAGAUCUAGCAAAGAGUUUUCAGUUGACUACAAUUGAAGUAACAUUUGCCUGUUCCCUAGGCCUAUUCAUUCUGGGUCACGUGGUCCGAGCGAGUCUUUGAGCCGUUUCUCUCGGACACGUCACCGAAAUGCAUUGACCGAGAAGGCCUGGGAUGACGCCAUACAGGGACGAGGCAAUGGUAAUAUCCACAGUUUCAUAAGAGAGGAACUCAUGACCCUCUCUUGUCUCACACAGAUUCGGGCUAGGAGUAAAAGGGCUUUCGAGAGAGACAGACACCUUACAUGUAAGAAAUUCACACCUGUUGCGAGAAGUAAGAUAGUGGAGAAGAGUGAGCAAAUGUUGGAAGAUUGAAAGUUGUCUUAUCCAUUGGGGCAGAAAUUGUCCCCCAUUUUUUUGCGUAGACGUGUGUUCCGCGCUCUAAAUGAACCUUUUCUAAUAAGCUUAUCUACUCAAUGAAACAGGCUAAAGGUUACUUAAAAUGUACAGAUGUGUAUAUAAUGCAAGCGAAAGACUGCCCUCCCACCGUGCACGUCUGUAGGAAUUUCCUGUCUCCUUGAUUUGUUUCGUAGGAAUUCGAUGAUACAUGUCAGACUUUUUGCAUUUUCCUUUGCUUUUCACUAUUCUGAACGAAAUGCAGUGGAGUCGAUUUAUGAGACAAAGGUAUUCUUUUAAAGUAGUUGUUAGAAAAUUGGAACUUUAUAAGCAACAGCAACGUUUCUCAUGUGUUAACUCGUUUCAAGAUAAUGCUACCCUUUGUCGCAAAAAAUAGUUACUAAAUUACAGGUUUGAUAACCAAAGCAAUUGAGCUUGUAAUUCUUUUUUUUUUUAAUCGUGGAACUGUACUUGUGUGCAAAGUUUGUAUAUAGCCUGUUCUUUGCUUGUCUGAAAUUUGUCUACUUAACUUUCAAUUGUAAAACCCGUUGGUCGUUAGUCUUUACUAGGCUGACAAUUGAGGACACUUUCUGCCUUUGGAGGGUGUUAUGCAUUCCUUCUAGGGUAUCUUGGUAGCUUAAAAAAACCUGGAGAUAGGUGAGAGUAAAAAAUGACUAUGUAAAAAAGAAAUUUCAUUUAUAUUUAAUUUUAUAGGAUAGUAAUCACCAAGGCUCGGGGCAUGUCCCCUAUAAACGGGAUCUUUUUUUACAGCUCUGUUAUGACAAUCGUUCAUAAUUCUGCCUGUCAAUCUUUUUGGAGAAACCCUCAAAUUGGCGCAAGGGGCCCUCGUGUAUUUAUUAAACCAAAGUGGUUUUGCGGGACAUAAUAGUCCUUACAUUUCCUGUGGGUUCCAGUUUUCAGAGUCUGAUGGGUGGGCUACGGACGUCUGUUUCGAAAUGAAUGUGAAGAUUGAUAAAUAUAUUUCUUAUUUUUUUGUGAAGGUGUUUGACAAUAAACUACGAUUGAAAUAUUAGAAAUCUGCUG